AUGCGGCGGCAGUACGCGGAGGCGCUGGACUACUGUCGGCUCAUCCUGCAGUACGAACCCCACAACGCCACGGCGCGGGGCUUCUACCCGCUGCUGAGGCACAAGCUGCGGGUACAGUCGCCCCCUCCGCCCGCCGCCGCGCUCAAGGACGAGACCAGCUCCAGUGAAGAGAACAGCCCCGAGCACGGCCGGCUGUCGGACGAGCAGCUGAAACAGGUGCGGCCACGACGAGACUCGGGCGAGGAACGUACGAUGAGGAUGAUGACGUGUGUGUUGCAGAGCGUGGAGACGGAGUGCUCGGCGGAGGUGUCGGCGUCCGAGGGCGCGUGCUCGUCGCUGGAGCUGGACUCGUCGGAGCCCGCCUCGCCGCGCCGCACCGACACCAGCGACCCCUCGGACAGCUCCUCCUGGCACUGGGACAGCGGCGGCUCACACUCGGAGCGAGACGACAACGGGAACCCUACAGCGAGACACGGUACACGCACACUCCCAUGCACACACACACACGCGUUUGAGUUUGAACACGCGCCGUCCCGAGGUGUGUUCAACCUCAUGAGCCCCGGCGUGUCUCCCGCAGGUGCAGACGACGCGGCCGGAGACGACGCGGACCUCCGGAACGACAACCCCCCCCUCCAGGUUGGUGACACUCGCCCCCCCCCCCCCUCCCCCCGCCGGUCCCCUGUAUGUAGGCCGCGUGUGGUGCAGGUCGCGCAGGGCGUCCCGGAGCAGACGUCGUCCAGGUCGUCGCUGCAGCGUCUCCGCGCACACUUCGCGUGCUCCAUCAAGUGA